AUGGAGUCCCUAUCAGAGACGUCCUGGGAUGUUGUCAUCUGUGGGACGGGGCUCCAACAGGCCCUGCUUGCGCUUGCCCUUUCCCGUUCCAACAAAAAGAUACUCCAUAUAGACCCCAACGAGUACUACGGCGGCCCAGACGCCGCCCUGACUCUCCAAGAGGUCUCCCGCUGGGUAGAUGACCACGCCUCCUCGUCAGACAAGGACGGCAUCUUCAAAUCAGCGUCCAUCACAAAGGCCCUGGAGUCGGAAAGCUUGCCCUCUCGAGCCUAUUCCCUCUCCCUCUCGCCGCAGAUUAUCCAUGCCCGCUCUGCGCUGCUCUCGCAGCUCGUGUCGUCGCGUGCCUACCGCCAGCUCGAGUUCCUCGCCGUCGGAUCCUUCUUCGUCUAUGAGCCUGCCACAGAGGAUGGUGCAAAGCCUUCGCUGACGCGGAUCCCCUCGACGAGAGAGGCCGUGUUCUCAAGCUCGGCGAUUAAACCAAAGGCGAAACGGGCUUUGAUGAAGUUUCUCAAGUUCGUGCUAGACUAUGAGGGUGAGCCGCAGUCUGAGCUGUGGAAGGCAAGGGCGGACGAGCCGUUGGAGAGCUUUCUAGAGUCCGAGUUUAAACUUGACCCGGCGCUCCGUGCUUACGUCGUCACCCUCACUCUGAGCCAGAGCGGGAAGAUCUCGGUCAAGGACGGCUUGUCCAUCAUCCACCGCCACCUCAAUUCUAUGGGCGUGUAUGGACCAGGCUUCGCAGCUCUUUACCCCAAAUGGGGUGGAACGUCGGAGAUUGCCCAGGUCGCUUGCCGCGCUGGUGCUGUCGGCGGCGGAGUCUACAUGCUCGGCAUGGGCAUCAAGGCGCUGCGACAAGUGCCUGCAGAGGAGAACGAUGGCGCGACCCUCGAGAUCGAACUUGACAAUGACAUCACUGUCAAAGCUCGCUCGCUAGUCCGUGGUUGCGGUGAGAUACCCGCUGCCGAAACGACUGUAAGCAGGUUGGUCACCAUCAUCGGUUCGCCCCUCAGAUCGCUCUUCGAGGCCGUGGUGGAGGGAUCGCCCACGCCUACCGUCGCUGCCAUCGCUUUCCCGAAGGGAUCGUUAGAUGGUGCCUCGGACCAUCCAAUCUACGUCAUGGCUCACUCCAGUGAUACUGGGGAGUGUCCGUCCGGACAAAGCAUCCUCCAUCUCACCACCCUCUCCUCUCCCAACUCUCAACAAAUACUCUCCAACGCUCUCUCGGCCGUCAUCAUAGCCCUCUCUACAGAAGGAGAAGAGUCCCCAAAGCGUCUCUACCAGUUCUCCUACGAACAAUCCCAAAGUUCCCCAGACCUCUCCAUCGACGGAACUAUUAUCACCCUUCCCUCUCCUCGUCUAGAUCUUGCGUUUGAUGACGCGUCUCUCGAUCCUAUCCGUGAGACGUGGGACGCGGUGAAUCGGAUUUUGGGCGAGGGUGAUCCGGGUGAUUACAUGAUGUUCGAGGAUAGGGAGGGCGUGGAUGAGGAUGAUGAGUUGUAA